AUGAGGCCUGCUUGUGCAUAUCCUCCAAUUCUUCAGACUAAUAUUGCGAAUGGCCCCGAUUUAUACAGAGAGCGUGAAACAUUUAAUUAUGGUGUUGCAAACAGUCAGUCAUUACCUAUGCAGGCGAUGUCAUCGAAUCAACCUAUGUAUCAUAGUUCAGCAUCUGCUACGGGCCUAAAUUGUCCAACUAGUGCGAUGAGUCCACAGCCACAAAUGCAGUCACAGCAGUCACAUUUCCAAAUACAACAAUACCCUCAAAUACAGCAGUCCUACAAUGAUAUGAUGAGUAGUUCACAGGUGUCAUCAUUUCAAACACAACAACAGCAAUAUCCUACAAUGGUUGUUAAUCCUAACAUGGAUAAGAUUGUUCCACAAAAUAUACCUACAUCUGAGUCGUCUCCAAAUUUAAAUUACACCAGAAACACAAAUUCGAAUGGUCCUUUAUCCCAUUCUCAAAUGAUUUCCAAUACAGCAAUGCCUUCUUAUGGCUUGGUGUCGACCCCAAAUUCCAGUGCAGUGGGACCACAUCAACAGCGAACAACUCAUAUUUCUAUGGGCAACCAAAGUAAUGUUAAUAGGAGUAUGUCACAAACACAACAUGCUUCUAGUAGAUCACCUGCCACAAGAGCAGUGUCUUCGGAGUCAGCCACAACUUACCAAUCAUCUUCACUGUACCUGCCUUAUUCUGCGGAGUGUUCCGUUUCUCAACCAGGGCCUGGAGUAGCUCUUCAUUAUUCUUCAUCUAUACCCACAUGUAGUUCAGUUCCACAGAUUAUUAACAACAGUUUGCCUCCAGGCUCAUCUUGUCCUGGUCAAUCGCCUAGACAGCCUACUGGUUGCCGCACCCAAGUUCCUAUUAAUGUGCCAUCAUCUACUCCUGGAAUGCAACAACAACAAAUGUAUAAUUCACGUCCUUUAAAUAACUCUAAUGUCUAUUCAGGAUCAGGCUAUGGGAGUCAACAGUAUUCACAACCAUCACCAGCUUUUCGUCCGAGUCCCAAUGCAGUAAACUCUCAAACAGUGGCACCUAUAGUAACGCGAUCCACCACACCCAGAGAUGUCCAAGGCAAUGCUUGCCUUACUAUGCAUCAUUCACUGUCCCAACAACAGUCUCAACAAUCUACGAUUUCCCUCUGUCCCUCAAAUUCAUCUCAAAUGCUUGGUACAGGAUCUGUCCCGCCUAAUGCUAGAGCAACUGGAAGCUGUAGCGUCAGUGGGGCUCCAGGAUCUGCUUUUAAUCACUCCUGUACACCCACGGGCCAUGCUAUACCAACAGCAUUAGGCAAUGGUCAAACAGUUGUGCCUAAUUCUUCUACUCCACCAUGUGCUUUGCCAACUAACAAUUCACGGUCUCUGGGCCCUCAAGUAAAUUCGGUUAACUCGGGCGUUGGUGACCUCUGUUACAUGCCUAGCAGACCAAUCUCGUCUGGUGGUCGUGAUGUCGUCAUGACUUCAGUUUCAAUAAACGGACCAUUAUCUUCUGGGGGUGAUAUGCUAUUGAACUCUAAUUUCCAUGUUUCAUCUGGUUUGAAUCCUCUUACAUCUUCAGCGUCCUUUACUGGUAAUAACUCUCAGAUGUCUGGAUUACAAAGCGAUUUUGACGGUUCUGUCCCGAAUAGUUCACCGCUAAUGAUGAUGACCAUGCCAGUCUCUUCACCAAUCCCAGGAAAUCUUAUAAAUGGUCCUAUGCAUGCUAAUGUAAUGAAUGUAGGUAUGGCUAGUUCAGCACCUGCACCCCCACCGUAUCACCAUCCUGCUUCCAUGUUGCCUUGUCGUUCAGUUGGUCCAUCAUUUUUCAAUCCUACUUCUAUGGCAAUGCCACCUAUCACAGUGACAUCCACUGCCCAUAUGAAUACAACUCCUACUUUUUCAUCUGUACCAGAUCAGUGUAAUGUGACUGACAGUGAUCGAAGUAUGUUCGGAAUUAUUGGAGAGAAUGUAAUUGGCAAUUCAGUGAAUAGUAAACAAACAUCUGGAGCGAACAAAACUGCUCGGCCUAAAAGAGUACGAGGUAGUAAGACAUCAUCUGGAGUGGGACGGGGAAGUCGGGUCAAUUCUAAGAAAAGUUUGGCAGCUAAUACUAUACCUUCCGUCUCUUCAUCAGAGCCAUUUUCUCCCAAUCAAAGGGUAGUCAGUCAACAACCAAAGAAAGUUCAGUCAUGGAAUACUGGAUCUUCAGGAAAUAUGAACUUCAAUCCUACUAUGUUGUCACCAAACCAAUCUGCUGGAAUGCCUAUGGUAAAUUCUAGUUUCAUUGGUGGUGGGGACAGUCGUGAUUCUCCAGUCACUUUUACUUCACAAGCAGGCAAUAAUUGUAUGCGGCCGAAUUCAGGUCCUCCUGUUAAUAAUUCUAAUUCAACAGGAGCAACCGGUAUGGGAUAUGAAUCUGUAAAUUGUUUGGAUUCUCAAUCAAAUCACAGUGUACGUGUCCCAGUUUCUCCUCGUCAUGGAUACUGUUCUAGUCAGGUGCCUGUACAACAACAACAACAGCAACAACAGUAUCCAGUCCCCAAUACAGUGAGCAAUUGCAAUUACACAGCCAAUCAAAGUAGUGGUGCAUUUUACAGCCAAGUUAAUCAGCAUACUUCCAAUAUGAAUGCAUCACAAACACAAUCCAAUCAAAUGUGUUAUCCUAAUAAUGGGACGUCCAAUUCUCAACGUACUCCACCAAAUGUACAUUUCCAACCCCAAUCAGUUCAGGCAAAUUCACAUCCACAAAGCAUUUCCUCUCCGAUGACAACAAAUUGUAGUCGUGUUUCAGCACCGACAAAUUUUAAUACUCAAAAUUACCCGUCCAGUGUAGCAGGACCAUAUACUUAUGCUGAUCGUUUGGUGUGUCCAAUUACUAAUGGUAUGGUAUGGGGUCCUACUCAGAUACAGCUGAAUGAUAUAAUGCAUCAGUAUCUUCCUGAAGGGAUCUAUUUACGUCGGUUUGAAUUUGAUUUAACCGCUAAUCAUUUGAAUACAAUUGUUGGACGAACUGAUUUGGAUAUUGUUGUGUGUAGUCAUCUUUUAUCUGAACCCUUACAGGUAUGCCAUUGGCCACCUGAUGCUGUGCAAAUUCGUUUCAAUGAUUACCUCUUACGCUUAGAUCGUAGUUCUGUCAAUGGCGGUCAACCUGCGCAUAAAGUAGCCUGUGUCAAACAACUCUGUCGGCCAGGUCGCAAUCAACUUGAAAUAGCUAUACUAGGACUUGGAGAAGAUCCUAAUCAGCCAUCUACAAUGGCUAAACGUCGUGCCACCGCUCAAACACUGGAAGCUCAUCGGUUUGCCGCAUUUAUGGCUCAUAUGCCAGCUCUUAAUGUUCUUCUUGACGGGCUACAACGACGCAGACCUGCCGGUGUUAACACACUCUGUGACAUUCUUGAAGGUCGUAUUGGUACACGUAGUCUGAAUGAAGAUGGUUGUUCAACUCAGAAUAUGCCUUCUGGUCCUUCUCAAUCCCCUGUUAUUGCUGAAUUAAAUUUAAUAUGUCCAGUAUUUCGUACAAGAAUGCGUAUACCUGGUCGUAUUGCAGGUUGCCAACAUAUAGAAGCGUUCGAUAUGGAAGCUUUUCUUCGCCGAGAAGUCCUUUGGCCCAGGCUUAAUUGUCCAAUUUGUGGGCAUAAAAGUCCUGCAGGCUUAGAUGGAUUGUGCAUUGACACGACAAUACUGUAUGCUUUACAAUUAGUGCCUCAAUCAACUGAAAGUAUUCUUGUUCGGUCAGAUGGUUAUUGGCGAUUAGUGCCUCCAUUGUCUUUAGAUCUGCCUUUUGAUGCUGAUCAAUGGCAACCUUUGAUUGGACCAUUGACAGAGACUGUAACACAAGCGUUUAGUCAGCUAUGUACCAAAGCUUCACAACGUGGACAACAAAGUCAAGGGAAUGGUGGAGUACGACAGACGUCUACCAUUUGUCAUACAUCGGCACCAGAUUGGAAUCGAUCUCCCGUUCAAAGAAUAUCGCCUCAACAACAACAACAGCCAAAAGUUACAUCAAUAAGUCAUGGUAAAUCACAGUCAACGAAUCAAACAGCUAAAGUUGUUACAUCUCUUUCACAAGAUAUCACUAAUUCUCCUCAGUGGAUUUCUGAGUCUUGUUCACCUAGUAAUCAAACAAACUUAGAAAAUACUAGCUCUACUGUCAGUUAUGGUCCUGGCGAACUUAUUGAUUCUGCCUACUCAUCAGCAGCCUCUCGACCUGCUUCACAACCUGUUUCAUGGGUCGGAACACAGUCUUCACCGGAUAAAAUGAGUGCUUCGACAUCAUUGCCAUCUUCGCCAUCAUUAUCUACACGUACAUCAUCGAGUUGUUUUUCAAUAGCUGCUAUUCCAGGUGUAAAUAUGUGCGUUGUGGAUAGCGUUUCAUCUGCAUCAAAUUUACCGAAUUCAACCACUUGUACAACUACAAUGACAAAAUCAUUUCUUUCUACUUGCGUGAGUUCAGGUGUAACUGUUGAACAAAGCAUAGAUAUUGGGAAUGAUAAUAAUCCUGUGAAAAGGCCUUCUUCAAAUCAUAUUUCUACAGAUGAAGUGUCAUCUUCUACAAGUGGAAUUGGUGUUAGUACUAGUGAAUAUUGUAGUCCUUCAAAUGCCAGCUUGGAAACUUCUAACAAUUCAGUGAGUACUAAUUCAUCUAGAAGGUGUCCUACUUCUUCAUUGAAUAUGGGUCUUGAUUUUUUACUAACAGAAGAUCAAACAAUUCCUUCAACUGCUAUUAGUUCAGGUGAAAGAAGUCCACAAAUGUCAUCGGCUGUUGUUUCUGCUGCUGUUCGUUCUGUUCUGACAACAACAUCUGAUACAGAAUGCAGUCUACCGACAACUACUUCGAGUUUAGCAGUCAACUCAGAGGAAUUCACACUAACUACAAUAUCAUCAAUAACAAAAUCCUCUGAUACACCGUUAAAUGAAAAUCCAACUUCUCCAAAAAGUGAAGAUAUUAUCUAUUCAAAAUGCGAGCAACAGAUUGACUGCACAGAAAACUGUAUCUUACCUAGUUCAUAUUCAAAUCAGGAAGAAAAAUGUACGCCUGGUACUCAGUUAACGAAUUCUGAAUUAAAAGUUGAAAAUGACACAAUAAUAAAAAGAAACAUUGAGGAAACUAAUGAAGAGACAACAACUCCACUACAUGAUGAAAUUUCUAUGCCAGUAAAACGUAUAAAAUUAGAAUCACCACAAUUUAGUCCACAAGUAUCUUUACAUUCUUCUGUUGCGUCUACUACUACCACAACAACCACUACUAUCGUUACAACAACAGCGUCAAUAGCUGCCACUCCUCCUCCUUCUACUACUGCUGCUACUAUUCCUAUUGAAGAAGCUACGCAUUUACCUGAAAAACAUGAGGAUGUAGCUAUAAAUGAGAAGUCUGAUGAAGUCUUAUCCAUGAUAACCACCACUAACACCGUGAGCAACAAUGAAAUGUUUGAAGUGAAAAAGACUCUUUCAGUAUAUUCAAAUGAUACUGAUCACCAUUCAAAUUGUAUUAGUUUAAUAAGUAGUGAUUUUGAUGAGGAAAAAGUCUCUAUAGAACUAAUUCAUUCAAUCUCUUCUAAAAUUGAUCAUCUUGACUUAUUUCUAGAUGAAUCAUAUAUACACUUUGUAGAACAUUUUCCUUGUGUUUGA